UCCCAGGUGAGGCAGGAAGUAACAGUGAUUGAUGGGUUCCCAUACAGCGCAUGCGUAUAACUAUCUCUGGUCUCUCUCCCUCGUUCCAUUUCUCCGUUUUCCGGAUAUUUCGAAACAAACACGAGGAGCCACCGACAACGAUGACGUGGAUGAAGAUGUUCUACCUUACUCUGGCUGUCACAGCCGCUGUUCUCCUCGUCACCGUCGCCGCGGCUGAUGAUGACGAAGAUGCCAGCUCAGGACUAUGUAACCAGUACAACCAGAAUGUCACCACAAGGCCAAACAACAAACCUAAGAUGUUUCUGAGAAAAAACAUUAACUUUGAGAUUAUCUCCGUCCACAACAUCUGGAGAGACCCCAACACUGUCUACUGGUGCGACUUUAGCCUUGAGGAGGAGGAUGGUAUUAAACACUGGAGGCACUACGACUUCAACGCAACUCACUGGUGGGUGGAGAAGGGAUGCUCUGGCACGUUCGUCGUCGAGGAAUGUAACACUAAGGACAUCACAAACCCAGGACCUCGGUCAACAGCCGGCAAAUCUCCCAUGCAAGGAACCCUCGCAGCCCCCAAACCUGUGACCAACUGGAUGAAUAUCAUGUCUCGCAGCCGAUUUGACAUGGGCACCUGGGACAAGGAAGGAUUUAACAUGCUCUAGGAGGACACUGCGUGUGUAGAUAAAGGAGCUCUUCCAUUGACAAAAGACCCUCUUCCUGUGUUCUAAUAUAUAUGCACUCAACUCCGGAUGUGACGAACUCAAAGGGACCCUCAACGUCUGUCUCCCAUCUGCAUUUUGUUACUCACAUGAACAAUUACGUUCAUUACCACCACCACGGUACAAGUAUCCAGUUCGUAAUAACAACUAUUCGGUAUAUCAGACUUCGUCACAUCCGGAGUUUACUUUAUAUCCUGAUGCCUAUUUGUAAUAUAUUUGAACAAAUAUAUAAGAUCGAAAAGGGUUCUUUUUAAGUUCAAUCAAAUUUAAGCCAUCUAAAAUCAGAGAAUAACUAUGCUUUAUCAUGUAGGGAAUAGACGGAGCUAUAUCAUUUGUUUUUCCAUUCAUAUUUUAACAUAAGGUUGCGGGUGCCUACGAUUUAGCCAUAGUCUGGGAUACAAUAUUCAUCUAUUGACCUGCAUAAACAACUAGUGAUGGAUCAAACAAACCAGACGUGUCAAUACCUAUUUCAAAUUAAGUUCGAGAGCUUCCGCCACUGCUUCAAAUGACUUAAAUCGUGCUAAUGUACUUAAAUGUCGCUACUUUUCCUUGUGUUUUGUUUUUAACACAAUUUCGAACAACUGUAAAUCUGUGUCUCGUUUAAUAAAAUCAAAGAAAA